AGAGUCCUAGAAAGCGAUUCUGUAUAUCCCCAAAAAGCCCUCCGAGUCUCUUCAAAUUUUCAGUUCCUACCCUCAAUGCUCCGCUGCUCAUCCGACACUACUUCUCUCCCCCUAGUUUCCUUGUCUCUCACUCUCCCAGCAACCAGGAAUUGGUGGAGCCGGUGACGCCAGACUACGACGAGGAGAGAGUCGGGCAAUGUUGACGGGUCAUGGCGAUUUAACUUCGAAGGUUUCCAGGUGUCCUCAAAGAGCACAGGGAGAAAAGACUUCCCCGUGGCCUCCAUGACUGCCUGGGGAGUUUUAGGUAAUUUCGCAUCUUCACCUUCAUUGUUAAAGGAAUGAUAUAUUUGUUGUGAUGGUCUUUGUUUUUUCUUUUUUGUGGUCUCAACUCAAAUGCCAAUAUUCUGUUGCGUGCUUUGGUCUCCCAGAAUUUUUCGUGUUUUGUUAGCUCACUUUUUGUUUUGUUUUGUUUUUGUUAAUGAAUUAAACAAGUUGGAUUCAUUUUGGUGGUGAGAUUUUAAUUUUUCUUUUUCUUACAUAUGAAUAUAUUUGCGAUUCCAAAGGGUGUGGAGGAUACAAUUUGCCAUAUUAAAAAUGUAAUCGAAAAGCUUAAAGUGGAGGUGAAUUAAAAACAUUUGUGGGAGAGUCCUGGUGAAUUAGAAACAUUUUGUUUAUAGUUUAUGGGUUUUUAAUGUGCUCUGUGUUAUGCAGUGUCUUUAGUUUUCUUAAUGGAAGGGACCCUGUAGGAUUGUUGGGUUCCUUACUUGUGCUGCCCCCUGUAUUGAAUGAUCUCCAGGAUUGACUGUCAGAGUGUAAGUUCACUUGCAACUUUUUUUUUUUUUUUUUCCGUAUCAUCGAGUUGACUUUGACGAUCUGAUAAAUAUCUCAUUUUCUGGUUGUGGUUGGAGUAUGAGUAUUUACUGUAUUAGUUUAUAGUUUCAUCGUCUGUGUAAAGGGUGAAACAGGGUUUCAUAUUUUCAUCCUCUAUGUGAAGGGUGAAAGGGACAAAGGGAAUAUAUGCAAAUGUUAAUUAUUCUUUAUGCAAUUAGCAUAUGAGGAGCUUCAACAGGUACCAUGUUAAUUGUUCUGCUUGAUGGCCUCAGGCCAGGAAGAUAAUGUGCCCGAGUACUGCCAACAACAGGAAGAGCAGGAAAAGUUGGCAAAAAGUGAGACACGUGCCAUCAGAAUAUCAAAUAUGGUUCUUUUUGCAGCUAAAGUUCAUGCAUCUCUCAGAAGUGGUUCUUUAGCCAUCAUCACAUCCAUGUUGGAGUCAUUGCUCGAUCUUUUGUCUGGCUUCAUCCUGUGGUUUACUGCAUUCUCCAUGCAAACCCCUAACCCAUAUGAGUACCCUAUUGAGAAGAAACGUACGCACCCCUUGCCACUGAAGGGAUUGUCUGAAGAGAUUGUUGAGACUGCAGAGACGGAGUCAGGAUUCACUAUGUUUCCAAUGCCCAUGGGCUUGAAAGGGAGAUUCGUUUGUAACCCAGCACUGAAUUUCCUGAACUGCGGUUUUCCAAGCCUGGAAAAAGAUGGUUGAGUUGAGACAGCAAAUUUCCGGCAGAGAAACAGUUCAAGAAGUUGAGCUGGUGCAGGGAAGAGGACACCCUGGCCAGAAGAGUUGGAUACUUAGAUUGAGAGGAAUUGAAACAGUGGACGAGGCUGGGCAGCUUAUUGGCUUCAACCUUUGCUUGUGAGGGAAGAGUUGGAGGAAGGCCGAAUUCUUUAGUCGGGAUGAUAGUAAUUCUUAAGGUUUGUGUUGGUAAUGUGUUUUAAAAAGAGAAAUGGCUUUGUGCAUGAGCAUGAGCAUGUGUGUGAUCCUUACGUCUAAUUUCAUUUGUAUCCCUGAGAUCCGCUAGAUAAACAUUGGUAUCAUAAUAUCAUGUCCAUGGGCUUCAAGGGGAGAUUAAAACUUUCUCUGUGGUUAAUAAAAUCUCGUUCAUUUUAUCAUUUAGAAAAAGCGUCAUGUUAUUUUA